AUGGACAGUGGCAGUAAGUGCACCCUCAGCAAAUUGGACAGCAACACCAAACUGUGUGGUAGGGUUGAUACACUGGAGGGAAGGGAUGCCAUCCAAAGGGACCCUGAUAAGCUUGAGAGAUUCCAGCAGGGCGACUACCACAUUGAUGUCUGUAUCAAUGACUACCUGGAUGUGUUCUGCCCUCACUAUGAAGACUCGGUGCCAGAAGAUAAGACCGAACGCUAUGUUCUGUACAUGGUGAACUUUGAUGGCUACAGCUCCUGUGAUCACACAUCCAAAGGGUUCAAGAGGUGGGAGUGUAAUCGACCACAUUCCCCGAAUGGACCACUGAAGUUCUCAGAAAAGUUCCAGCUCUUCACGCCCUUCUCGCUAGGAUUUGAGUUCAGGCCAGGCCGGGAAUAUUUCUACAUCUCUUCUGCAAUCCCAGAUAAUGGAAGGAGAUCCUGUCUAAAGCUGAAGGUCUUCGUGCGAUCAGCAAACAGCUGUAUGAAAACUAUAGGUGUUCAUGAUCGUGUUUUUGAUGUUAACGACAAGGUAGAAAAUUCAUUAGAACCAGCAGAUGAUACCGUACAUGAGUCAGCUGAGCCAUCCCGUGGUGAGAACGCAGCACAGACACCAAGGCUACCCAGCCGGAUUUUGGCAACUCUCUUGUUCCUCCUGGCAGUGCUUUUGAUAUUAUAGCACACUAUGCUCCUGCAACCUGUCACAGAAAAUAUCAGGGUCUUGGAACAUCAAAGAUCCACCUAACUGCGCAUCCCAGAAAAGGAAC